AAAUUAACUCUCUCCCCACCUUCUCUCUCUCCCCGUUCGUCUCUCUUCCUCUCCUCCGCGGAUUCGCGAACCAAAAGAUCGAUCUUCUGGUCCCAUCCCGAUCAGAUUCUGGCACCGCCCUUUACACGGCACCGCAGCUAAACGGGCUCCCGAUUGCAUCGCGCGGCGCGCCGUCUCGUGCCGUGUGGCCCCGGCGUCGCCGGCGCCAAUGCCCGGCGCGAGCAGCGCUGCCGCCCGGGCCCCGCCGCCUCAACGCAACACGGGCGCGGGGCGCGACAUAUUGUGGUGAUAUCAUACUUUGUUUUCUCGUAGGCGGCACCUGAUUGAUCUUGGUUCUCUUGGAGGCCCUUCUGCGGAUUCCGGUGCAAUUUUUGCCACGGCCCUGGUGGUGCUAGUUCUGAUCAGUUUUGUAGUCUUAAUGAGGCAAAAGCCGGUGGGGAAACAGGAUUUGGCUAAUCUACCGCAAUGCCAAACACAGCCUAAGUGCAGCGAGGCAUGAUAUCCUAGAUUCAGAUGAGGAUGCAACUAUGAGGAUUUCUUCAAGGUGGUACCAUUGCAGCCACCCAUGGAGGCCUCGGAUAAAACUUUUGCUGAUGUAGUUAAGCUUUUGACAUCAUGGCUGCCUCGACGGUCGAAACCAGACAAUGUCUCGAGGGACUUCUGGAUGCCUGAUCAUAGUUGCCGAGUGUGUUAUGACUGUGAUGCACAAUUCACCAUAUUCAACCGAAGGCACCAUUGUCGUCGUUGUGGGCGCAUAUUCUGUGGUAAGUGCACAGGGAAUUCCGUCCCAGUUCCAAGUGGCCCUGAUAAAAGCGAUGAUGAGGGGGACAGGAUUCGUGUCUGCAACUUUUGCUUUAAGCAAUGGGAGCAAGAGCAAAUUGCUGCUGUCAAACAGAUACUGCCGGUGCUCAGUCCUUCCCUGUCUGAGGCGAGCCUGUUCAGUACAAAGUCAACUAUCACCAUUAAUAGUGUUAGCACACCAGCUGCAUCUUACUCUACUGGAAAUUAUCAGCAUGUGGCUCAUGCUUCCAGCAUUGGUCCUGUCCCUCCCAAAUUUUCCCAAGACAAAGUUUCCCACAGUAUGCAAGACAGCCAUGUGCCUGAGAUAAGUAUGUCCACUAUUUCAAACAGAGAUGACUCUACCUUGAUGCAGUUUGGCUAUUACACGAACAGGAGUGACGACGAAGAUGAAGAGUUUGGUGCUUACUUCUCUGACAGGCAGGUGCAACAUGAACAGCAUAAUAACCAAUACUUCCGCUCAGUUGAGUUUGAUGAGUUCAGUGCAUCGUACAAUACAACAAUAUCAAAGACUAUUGAAGUAAAUGUAAUUCCAAAAGAGUUAUCAGCUUGUGCUGCUGACCACGGAUUCCCCAGUACAUUGCCAGUCACCAAAGUGGAGGAUGAACCAGAACUUGAUAAUAGUUCAGACUGCGGGGCUGCGUCGUCCAUUUAUGCUCUGGAAACUGCCGAUACAAAUUCAGUGGAUUUUGAGAAGAAUGAUUAUUUUUGGAUUCCUCCAGAACCAGAAGAUAAAGAAGAUGAGCUAGAAACUGAUUUGUUUGAUGACGACGAUGACGAUGAUGAGCCUGUAUCUGAUGGUGGACGGUGUUACCUUCAAUCAUCAAGUAGCUUCGGUAGUGGAGAAUUUCGAAGUAGAGACCGCUCAACUGAAGAACACAAGAAAGUAAUGAAGAAUGUUGUUGACGGACAUUUCAGGGCUUUGAUUUCUCAGUUGUUGCAGGUGGAGAAUAUCACAUUAGAGGAAGGUGAUGACAUGGGUUGGUUGGAGAUUGUUACUUCGGUAUCAUGGGAAGCUGCAAACUUCCUCAGACCAGACACUAGCCAAGGUGGUGGCAUGGAUCCUGGUGGAUAUGUCAAAGUUAAGUGUUUAGCAAGUGGACACCGCAGUGAAAGCACUGUUGUGAAAGGAGUAGUCUGUAAGAAGAAUGUCGCACAUAGGCGCAUGACUUCCAGAAUAGAAAAACCUCGCCUUCUUCUACUUGCUGGAGCUCUUGAGUAUCAUCGAGUUACAAAUCAGCUGUCAAGUAUUGACACAUUGCUCCAGCAGGAAACAGAUCACCUUAAAAUGGCGGUUGCGAAGAUUGUAGCUCAAAAACCUAACCUACUUUUGGUCGAGAAUACUGUUUCUCGCUAUGCUCAAGAUUUGCUUCUAGAAAAGAACAUAUCACUAGUUUUAAAUAUUAAGCAAUCCCUCUUGCAGCGUAUAGCUCGUUGCACAGGUGCUCAGAUAGUUCCUUCCAUUGAUCUCUUGCCAUCUCAGAAACUUGGUUAUUGUGAGUUGUUUCAUGUAGACAAACAUAUUGAACAUUCCGUGACUUUGGGUAAUAAGACUAAGAAAAUGCUGAAGAACAUGAUGUUUUUUGAAGGAUGCGCAAAGCCAUUAGGUUGCACUGUUCUGUUGAAAGGUGGCAGCAUGGAUGAGCUAAAGAAAAUUAAGCAUGUUGUCCAGUAUGGCAUAUUUGCAGCAUAUCACUUGGCCUUAGAAACAUCUUUCCUUGCAGAUGAAGGUGCCACUCUGCCAGAACUUCCCUUGAGGUCUCCACUGACUGUAACCUUACCACAUAAGCGAUCUACUGUAGACAACUCUAUUUCAACGGUGCCAGGUUUCACAAUUAAUAUUUCCAACAGCCAACAGGCAACUGAUAGAUUUGAGCACCUGGACACAGACAUUGUUAUAUCAACUGACCCAGGUGGAACAGCUGUGGUUGAACCACCAGUAGACAGUGAUUGCCUUACUUCUCAAAAGGCCAACUCUCAUUCUUUUGGACAAUUGUGUACCAGUGGUUGUAGCUCUAACAGCAGUAAUGGUGAUAAAUUAGAGAAGGUGACUGCAAUUGCAGAUUCUGUAUCCAUGUCUUCAAUCACUACGCAUGUACCCACGGAUCCUUCACAUAUAUAUUCUACUGUAGAAAAAAAGUGUGUGUAUUCUAGUGAUUACCAUGCUGAUUAUCCAACCAGUUCAGAUGGUAAGACAGUGAGAGCAGAUUCAAUCAACACAAACCAUCAUCAGAGCACAUCUGCAGUCAGCACAAAUAUUACUAAUUAUUCUAAUCUCAAGGAGCCAUUAGAGGGUUCAAAUGCUUUGCCUAAUGUGAGAAUGGUCAAUGCUAAUAAUUUGUUGGUAGUGCAACCAAUGUCUAGUCCUGCAGUGCAAAAUCAAGAAACCAGUCAAGGACAUGAUGCCACAUCAAAUAAGACAGAAAUUGUGCCUUCUGACCAUCAGAGCAUCUUAGUCUCUUUGUCCAUACGUUGUGUAUGGAAAAGAUCUAUUUGUGAGCGUUCCCAGUUGUUACGCAUCAAGUAUUAUGGUAACUUUGACAAGCCUCUAGGAAGGUUUUUGCGUGACUACCUGUUUGAUCAGGGCUAUCAGUGCCGAUCCUGUGAUAAGCCACCUGAAGCUCAUGUCCAUUGCUACACUCAUCGCCAGGGGAGUCUAACAAUAUCAGUUAGAAAACUUGCAGAUGUUGUUUUGCCAGGAGAACGGGAUGGAAAAAUUUGGAUGUGGCAUAGGUGUCUAAAGUGCCCCUGGAGUGAUGGAUUUCCACCAGCUACUCAUAGGAUUGUCAUGUCUGAUGCUGCUUGGGGUUUGUCACUUGGUAAAUUUUUGGAGCUUAGCUUCUCAAAUCAUGCAGCUGCAAGUAGGGUAGCCAGUUGUGGUCAUUCUCUCCAUAGGGACUGCCUUCGGUUCUAUGGGUUUGGAAAAAUGGUGGCUUGCUUCCGAUAUGCACCUAUUAAUGUUCAUUCAGUCCAUGUACCACCUCAUAAACUUUAUUUUACUCACCAGCCUUUGGACUGGAUACAGAAAGAAGUAAACGAGGUUAUUGACCGGGCAAAGGUUCUGUUUGAUGAAGUAUCACGUACUUUACACCUGAUCUCCGAGAAAAAGGCUCACUGCAGUUCUCUCAAUGUGGAAUGUACCAAUUACAUUGCUGAACUUGAAAGCAUGUUUCGGAAGGAAAAGUUAGAAUUUGAGGGAUGUCUGAAUAAAGUUUUUAAAAAGGAAGUGCCGAAAUGUCAACCAGACAUUCUCGAGAUUAAUAGGCUGAGGAGACAGUUACUCUUCCAUUCAUACUUGUGGGAUCAAAGGCUGUUAUUUGCUGCAAGAUCAGAUAGGAAUCGCCAUGAACUAUCUAAUACCAGGCAAGGCGAUAAGGAGACAAUCCAUUCCGUGGAUGGUGGUGCUGAUCCAAAUGUCACAGAACAGCCUCAAAGAGAAAAUAGUGGCAGUGUGGCUGCUAAUAAAGAUGUUAAAUAUGCUGAAAACCUCCAGGUAAGCAUUUGUGGACAGAAUUGCAGCGGAGUUGAUCCAAGUAAUAGUUACUGUAAUCUUGACCAGCGGAUACCGACAAGUGAGUCGGAUUUCCUCCAAACAAAUAUCCAAACACCUUUGUACAGCAGCGUCAGUGUGAAUGGGGAUUCAGUUCCUUUUGAGCCUGAUCUUGUUGCUCGACGAACCCUUUCAGAAGGGCAGUUUCCCAGUUUAUUGGAUGUGUCAAAUGCACUGGAUGCAAAAUGGACUGGUGAGAAUGAUCCUGUCACUAGCAAGGUAACAUUGCCAGAUUCUAUGGCAUCGUCAGAGGACUCAGAAGAACAUAUCAGCGAUACUACACCUUCGUAUGCCUCUGUAUUGCUGAAUAAGCUAGGGGAUAGUGCAGAGGACCAUUCCAAUUGGAUAGGAAUGCCUUUUUUACAAUUGUACCGUUCUCUUAACAAGAAGUGGAGUCGUUCAAAAAGGUUUGAUGCGCUCAUUGAAUAUACACCUGUUUAUAUUUCUUUCUUAAGGGCAGUGGAGCGACAGAUUGGGCCCAAAUUUCUCUUUCCUAUAGGGAUCAAUGACACUGUUAUUGGAGUAUACGAUGAUGAACCUACUAGCAUCAUCUCGUAUGCACUUGCCUCUCAUGAAUACCAUCUUCAGCUGUCAGAUGAGCUGGAAAGAGAAGCAACAGAUACUUCACCCCCACUUUGUGAUUCAAGAAGUGUGUCCUUAACUGAAUCAGUGGAUGAAACUACUUCUGAACUUCUAAGAACUGUUGUGUCAACAGACGACAAUAUUGUCUCCAUUCCAGGAAGCAAGAACCCAUCCACUUCGGAUCCACUUGUAUAUGGUAAAGUAACUCACAUAAAGGUUAAUUUUGGAGAUGAAGGUCCUCUAGAACAAGUGAAGUACACAGUAAUUUGUUACUAUGCGAAACAAUUCGAUGCAUUGAGGAGAAUAUGCUGUCCAUCAGAGCGUGACUUUGUCAGGUCACUAAGUCGUUGCAAGAAAUGGGGUGCUCAAGGAGGCAAGAGUAAUGUUUUCUUUGCAAAAUCACUGGAUGACAGGUUCAUAAUUAAACAGGUUACCAAAACGGAAUUGGAGUCUUUCAUGAAAUUUGCUCCAGACUAUUUUAAAUAUCUGUCCGAGUCAAUUUGCACUGGCAGUCCUACUUGCAUUGCAAAAAUUCUUGGUAUUUAUCAGGUUAAGAGCCUGAAAGGUGGAAAGGAGGUGAGGAUGGAUGUUCUGGCCAUGGAAAAUCUUUUAUUUGAACGUCGUGUGACAAGAUUAUAUGAUUUGAAGGGCUCAACAAGAUCAAGAUAUAACCCUGAUUCAAAUGGUAGCGAUAAAGUACUUCUUGACGAGAACUUGCUUGAAGCGAUGCCUACUUCCCCUAUUUUUGUCGGGAAUAAGGCAAAGCGGCUUCUGGAGAGAGCUGUUUGGAACGAUACUGCAUUCCUUGCUGUGUUGAAGAUGUGGAUGCUCAAUGUUGAUGUAGAUCAUUUGGAGCAAUUCUUUGGAUCUAUUGACGUAAUGGAUUACUCUUUACUUGUCGGUGUUGAUGAGAAGAAGCACGAGCUUGUUAUGGGAAUCAUUGAUUUUAUGAGGCAAUAUACAUGGGACAAACAUCUAGAAACAUGGGUGAAAGCUUCAGGAAUAUUAGGUGGACCAAAGAAUGUAUCACCAACUGUAAUUUCACCAAAGCAGUACAAAAAGCGUUUCAGGAAAGCUAUGUCAGCCUACUUUCUUGUUGUCCCAGAUCAAUGGUCGCCUGCAGCAAUUAUCCCUAGCAAGCAAGUGGCUGACAGCGGCCAGGAUAGCGAUCAGUUCGUCUCCACGGGAUCAUCAUCCUUGCUGGACCGUUGAGAUGCAGGGAACUAUUGUGGAAUAACUACUCCUUUUCUUUUGAUGACUAUAUAUAUUUUGAUUCGUUGCAAUUUUGCUCAUCCUUUUUUACUGGCCGAAUCUUCCGGCGCCUUCAUUCUUUUUCUCUUUGGAAGAUCAAGAUGUACAAAAUCAAGCUGAAGUUAUAGAUAGAAACUUAACAAGUGUAUAGUGUGUAUAAACAUUAGUUUAGUGCACUGAUGUAUCAUACCCUGUAGAAAGAAUCGAAUCAUUCUUACCAUUGUAGACAAUAUUUUACUUGUUA